CCGUGGCUCUCCCCACCUGGGAUGCUCUUUGAUGGCUUCUUUGCGGAGAGUGAAAGUCCUGCUGGUCCUCAACUUGAUCGCCGUGGCCGGCUUCGUCCUCUUCCUGGCCAAGUGCAGGCCCGUCGCCGUGAAGAGCGGGGAGGGCUUCCGCGACGUCCACCCCCCCCGGGCGGAAGGGGCCAACCUGACCGUCCGCGCCGCCAACCCGGUCCAGGAGGCCGUCCUGAAGCGGCUCUCGCUCCUCGAAGACAUCGUCUACAGGCAACUCAAUGGUCUGUCAAAAUCCUUGGGCCUCAUUGAAGGCUAUGGUGGCCGUGGUAAAGGUGGACUACCUGCUACCCUCUCCCCGGAGGAGGAAGAAAAAGCCAAGGGUCCACAUGAGAAAUACGGCUACAAUUCCUACCUCAGUGAGAAAAUAUCACUAGACCGCUCCAUACCAGAUUACCGGCCAACCAAGUGUAAAGAGCUGAAAUACCCCAAGGAUCUUCCACAGAUUUCCAUCAUUUUUAUCUUUGUGAAUGAGGCGCUGUCGGUCAUCCUGCGUUCGGUCCACAGUGCGGUGAAUCAUACGCCCGCUCACCUCCUCAAGGAGAUCAUCCUCGUCGAUGACGACAGCGAUGAAGAGGAACUGAAGGCACCCCUAGAGGAGUAUGUCAACAAGCGAUACCCUGGCCUUGUGAAGGUUGUGCGCAACCAGAAAAGGGAAGGCCUGAUCCGUGCUCGCAUUGAAGGCUGGAAAGUUGCCUCUGGUCAAAUCACCGGCUUCUUUGACGCACACGUGGAGUUCACAGCAGGCUGGGCCGAGCCAGUUCUCUCACGAAUCCAGGGGAAUCGAAAAAGGGUUAUCCUUCCUUCAAUUGACAACAUCAAGCAGGACACCUUUGAGGUUCAGCGAUAUGAAAAUUCAGCCCAUGGAUACAGUUGGGAGCUGUGGUGCAUGUACAUCAGCCCUCCGAAGGACUGGUGGGAUGCUGGAGAUCCCUCGCUGCCAAUCAGGAGGGUCCGCACCUCUGACACACAUCUUGGCUGCGUCCAGCAGUGA